GACGAAUCGGGUGGGAUAAUUUGGGUGUCCGUUCUGAACUCUAAGUUUGCCGCACAACCUGUCAUAUCCUCCGAAAUCCCAACCCUGAAUGUGCCCUUGCGAAUGAUUAUUGUUAAAUCGGCUGGGAAAAUGGUAGGCAUAGGGCACACAUUAGCCGUUUUACACUUGUUUAAGUAUUUGAAGUCACACACAUACUUACUGAAUUGCCCGAUAAUUUCUAUGUAUUUAUCACCUUAUUCUUCCCCUAAACUCUCUAGUAAAACUGCAAUUGCUAUUGACACAAUUAUCAACCAGAAGCGUUUUAAUGCCAGCAAUGAUGAGAAGAAAAAGCUUUAUUGUAUUUAUGUUGCUAUUGGUCAAAAGCGUUCAACUGUUGCUCAAAUUGUGAAGCGACUUACUGAUGCUGAUGCUAUGAAGUACACAAUCAUCGUUUCGGCUACCGCUUCUGAUGCAGCACCUCUUCAAUUCCUUGCACCAUAUUCGGGAGCUGCGAUGGGCGAAUUCUUCCGUGAUAAUGGGAAACAUGCAUUGAUUAUUUAUGACGACCUUUCAAAACAAGCUGUAGCGUAUAGACAAAUGUCACUUUUGUUGCGUCGUCCUCCAGGACGUGAAGCUUAUCCAGGGGACGUUUUCUAUUUGCACUCUCGUUUGCUUGAACGUGCUGCCAAAAUGAAUGAGACACACAAAGGAGGAUCUCUUACAGCUUUGCCAAUUAUUGAGACUCAAGCUGGUGACGUGUCUGCAUAUAUUCCAACAAACGUUAUUUCAAUUACCGAUGGACAAAUCUUUUUGGAGACUGAAUUGUUCUAUAAAGGUGUUAGACCUGCAAUUAAUGUUGGUUUGUCUGUGUCUCGUGUAGGAUCUGCUGCACAGACUAAAUCUAUGAAACAGGUUUUUCUUUUUGAAUUUUCGGGAUGUGAAGUGUUGGGGACUUGAUGUUUAAAUCAAGUCAUCAGAGCCGAGGAGAUCAGGGUCCGGUUCGACAAACUCAUUCAGGAUCGGGAUCUAGGCUUGUAUACCUGACAUCGGUAUGGAGGAGGUCAGGGCCAGGGAUCGACAAUACAAUUCAGGACAGGGUCGAACUCUGGAGGGGUUCAGGGUCGAUA